CGGCGGCGUCGCGGGGGCCCCAGUCCGGGGGGGCGCAGGAACCCCGGCGGCCGGUUCUGCGGAGCGGGGCGCCAGGGCGGCCCCGGCGGGAGUGCGCCCGCCAGGCUGCAGGGUGGGCCGGGCGCCCCGAGAGGCAAAAUGGUUAAAAAUGCGUGAAAUCGAGACAUUGCAGUUCCCACUCUAAUCUGUGCAACUGUGGAAAGUUAGUGCUGGGAAAGGACUUUCAAGAUGGUUGAUUCCCAUUCCUUAAUUUUACAGAGGAGAAAACAGACCCCCGAGAAGUAGCGUGGUUGUUGGAAAUUCUCCUAGCUAGGCUUCACGCUUCUUGGCCUCUAAAGAAAAUGGCAGAAACGUCAUCAGAGCCUUCUGGGCAGCUCGUUGUACACUCAGACACUCACAGCGACACUGUUCUGGCCAGUUUUGAGGAUCAGCGGAAGAAAGGCUUUCUCUGUGACAUCACGUUAAUUGUGGAGAAUGUGCAUUUCCGGGCUCACAAAGCCUUACUCGCUGCCAGUAGUGAAUACUUCUCAAUGAUGUUUGCUGAAGAGGGGGAGAUUGGCCAGUCCAUUUACAUGCUGGAAGGCAUGGUUGCCGACACAUUUGGUAUCCUGCUGGAGUUCAUCUACACGGGUUGUCUCCAGGCCAGCGAGAAAAUCACAGAACAGAUUCUGGCCACUGCUCAGUUCUUAAAGGUCUAUGACCUGGUAAAGGCUUACACAGAUUUUCAGAAUAAUCACAGCUCCCCAAAGCCAACGCCUCUGAACACCGUUGGCGCUCCGGUGGUGGUGAUUUCUAAUAAGAGAAAUGGGCCUCCGAAACGGAAGCGGGGGAGACCGAGAAAAGUCAACAGUGGGCAGGAGGGGAAGUCACAACUGGCUGCGGAGGAAGAAAUACAGCUGAGAGUAAACAAUUCAGUUCAAAAUAGACACAACUUUGUGGUGAAGGAGGCAGACGGUGGCACACUGAAUGAACAGAUUCCAGCGAAAGCUAUGGAAGAGCCCGAGCCUGCCUGUGAGCCGGGCAGAGGGGAGGAAAUGCCUGCUGAAAAAGACGAGAACUGUGAUCCCAAGACCCAGGAUGGGCAGGACAGCAAGAGUCGGUACAGCAAGCGGAGGAUUCAGAGGUCCGUCAAGCUUAAAGAUUACAAACUUGGCGGGGAUGAAGAGGAGCAGAGUUCAGCCAAAAGGGUCUGUGGAAGGAGAAGGCGCCCGGGAGGCCCUGAGGCCUGUUGUAAGGACUGUGGCAAAGUGUUUAAGUACAAUCACUUUUUGGCAGUCCACCAGAGGAGCCACACGGGGGAGCGACCUUUCAAGUGUAACGAGUGCGGAAAAGGCUUUGCCCAGAAGCACUCCCUGCAGGUCCACACCCGGAUGCACACAGGCGAGCGGCCCUACACCUGCACCGUGUGCAGCAAGGCUCUCACCACCAAGCACUCGCUGCUGGAGCACAUGAGCCUGCAUUCAGGACAGAAGUCUUUCACCUGUGAUCAGUGUGGAAAAUAUUUCAGCCAGAAAAGGCAACUAAAGAGCCAUUACCGAGUUCAUACAGGCCACUCAUUACCGGAAUGCAACCACUGCCAUCGCAAGUUCAUGGACGUGUCUCAGCUAAAGAAACACCUACGAACACACACAGGUGAGAAGCCAUUUACUUGUGAAAUCUGUGGCAAAUCUUUCACAGCAAAGAGUUCUCUUCAGACCCACAUCAGAAUCCAUAGGAAGUAAUAAACAGAGCUGUUCUUAAAGUCCAAUGUGUAUUUUUUGUAGAGGAGAGAAGCCCUACUCCUGUGGCAUAUGUGGCAAGU